UCGGAGGCAGGUGGCGAUAUUCAGGUUCGAUCCGAGUCGCGCGGGGCCGCCUUGCACGGUGCUGAGACCUCAUUCCAGGUGGCGGACCGCCGAAAGCGUGUCAGAGACGUUCGUGCGCGCUGACUGGAAGGUCGAAAGUGGCGUCGUGCAUAAAUCCGGUGGAGCAGCCGGCGGGAUAGUCGCGAGGACACGCGACGAUCGACGUAUAAACCAGCGGUCGAGGCGGGUCGGCGGUGUUAGUCGCGUGCGAUCCAUCCGCGGGCGUUCUAUCCGAGCGAUCGAUACGUCGAGGCGACGACGAUCGCUGAGAACAGGUGGAAUCGCGACGGUGGUCCGUCAGUCUGUCCGUUCGUCCUCCUCCUCCUCCUCCUCCUCCUCCACCUCCUCUUCCGUAUCUCCUAGCUGUGCUCCCUCUUCGCGUUCCUCGUCCUCACGUCGCUCAUCAAUCGCGUACACACACGCGCGCGCACCCGCGCGCUGCUCGCGAAACGGAGCGAGGCGUUCGCGCUGGUGAUUUCAACGCACGGUGCAGAAAUCACCGGAAGACCGGUGAGAGAACCGUGAGGAUAUACCGCUGACGACGAGCGCGCGCGCGCCAUCGGGUCAUCGCGACCUGCGGAUCCUCCUUUCCUGUGGCCCAGCUGGCGAUUCCGCGGGGAAUUCGGACGAGUCAGCAGAGGAAGACAGGUAGACUGACACAGGCGGAGAAACAUGCCCGGCAGCCAGGGCGGAAGCAGCCAUCGGGGCCGCUCGCGGACGACGCCGAGGCGAGGAUUAUGAGGACGUCGCACGCAUCGAGAGCGAAACGCUGCGCCGAGCGAGACUGUAGCGAGCGGUGAUCGGGAGCGGAGCCGGAGGAAGAUCCGGUGUGGAGAAGAGCGACGACAUACGCGGCGAGGCAGGCGGCGGCGAGGUGUCUUUCCUGGACACGGCUUAGGCACAUCAUGUACCGGCCGAAUUUCUACGAGAGCACGUGUCUGAGGUGCGCCCAGACCGUCUACCAGGUCGACAGGGUGGGCCCCUUGAAGGACUUCACGUUCUUCCACGCGGGCUGCUUCAAGUGCGCGAUCUGCGGCACCAAGCUCACCCUGAAGACCUAUUACAAUAACCAGCACACCAUCAACGACAAGGAGGUGUACUGCAGCAGUCAUGUGCCGAAACCCGGGCCCGGGACCUUGGACGGGUCCAGCGUAGGCAUCAGAAGCGCUCUCAAUGUGCCCAGAAGCGGUUACGUGAACGAGCAGAUCAGGGCGGGCGGCGCGUCGCCGCGUGGUGUCUACCCACCUUGUUACGAUAAUGUAGACUCGCCUAAUUAUGCCAGGCACCUGAACGGCCACGGCUCGCCGCCGGCGACGAACUCGUCGUCCCAGCGUGAUUUCCAUGGAGGAGGCGGCGGCGGGGGCGGUGGCGGCGGCACCUCGUCGCCGUACAAUCACAAUUAUUCGGGCGACGGCAGCUAUCAGUACGGCAGGUUCGACGCGAGCGCCCUUCACAUCGCCCAUGCACUCAAGCAAACCGAGCUCCAGAAGGGCUACAGCAAGGCGCGCGAGAAACCCAUCGAUUACUAUCUGGAUCGGGAUGAGCAGACACGUCUCGAGAUGAAACAUCGGAAGGAGGAGGACGAUCUAUACCGGAAGUUCGCUCACCAUCGCGAGGAAGAAGACAGACGGAUCCGCGAGGAAUUCCGGGACGAGUGGGAGAAGGAGCUGGAGCAAUUGUCGGCGAGAUGGGAACGAGAAAAAGGCGGAAGAGUUCGCACCCAACAAUUUCAGCAGGAGAAGGAGGACCUGGAGAAGAACAUGACUCUACGCAGGGACAAGAAGAAAGAGAGUCUCACGCGCAAGAUGCUGGAACACGAACGGGCGGCAACCGCCGCGCUGGUAGAGAAACAGAGCUCGGAGAUGCUGGAGCUGAUCAAUGAGGCGAGGAGCGAGUACAUGCUCCAAGAGAGUUUAUAUCUCGACGAGGGAGACGGUUAUGCUCAGGAGGCACCGCCCCCGCCUUAUCCAUCGCGCGCGCCACCCCCGCAGCCCCCGGCCCUCGCCAAGUAUCACAUCUACAAUGAUCCGUUGGAGUUCGCCGACAUGGAUCAGAUAGCUAUUUCGGUAGCCCAGGAAGAUCAAAAAACGUUCACUGAUUUAGUGCGGCAGUUGGUGAGCAGAUGCGGGUCGGAUAUAGAAAAGGCGCGGACGAUAUUCCGAUGGAUCACCGUGAAAAAUCUCAACACUAUGCAGUUCGACGAGAACCUACGGGGGGACACUCCCAUGGGUCUGCUGAGAGGCAUCAAACACGGCACCGAGAGUUACCACGUUCUGUUCAAACGACUGUGCAGUUACGCCGGCCUGCACUGCGUGGUCAUCAAGGGUUACAGCAAGUCGGCCGGCUAUCAGCCGGGUGUCUGCUUCGAGGACAACCGAUUCCGAAACAGCUGGAACGCCGUGUACGUGGCAGGUGCAUGGCGAUUCGUUCAGUGUAAUUGGGGGGCGCGACAUCUUGUCAAUGCUAAAGAAGUUCCCCGUCCUGGUCAGGCGAAGGCCAAGAACGACAGUCUCAGGUACGAGUACGACGAUCAUUAUUUCCUCACGGAUCCCCGGGAGUUCAUAUACGAAUUUUUCCCUCUGCAAGAGGAGUGGCAGUUGCUGAAACAACCGAUUUCACUCAAGGACUUCGAGGAGCUACCUUUCGUGCGAUCUUUAUUCUUCAGGUACGGUCUUUACUUUCCGGAUACGAAUACGAAUGCCGUUAUGUACACGGAUUCCACUGGCGCUGCGACCGUGAGGAUAGCGAUGCCGGCGCAUAUGCAAUCAUCCCUUAUCUUUCAUUAUAAUCUCAAGUUUUACGACAACGACGGCGAUGGUUACGACGGCGUGUCGCUCAAGCGUUUUGUCAUGCAGUCGGUCGUGGGGAACAUAGUAGCGUUUCGGGUCCACGCACCGUGCUCGGGCGCCUUCCUCCUGGACAUAUUUGCCAACGCGGUGACGCCGAAGGAGUACUUGACGGGCGAGCCAAUGAAGUUCAAGAGCGUGUGCAAAUUCAAAAUUGCAUGCGAAGAACUGCAGACGGUGAUGGUGCCGUUGCCGGACUGCGCCAGUGGCGAAUGGGGCCCUACAAAAGCAACCAGGUUAUUCGGACUUAUACCCAUCACUCAUCAGGAGGCACUGGUGUUCGCCGGCCGCGAACUGGAGAUUCAAUUUCGCAUGUCGAGGCCGUUGACGGACUUCAUGGCGACUCUGCAUAAGAACGGCAUCGAGGAGAAGCGCCUGUCCAAGUACGUGACGCAUUCCAUCGCUGACGACGACGUGGUCACCUUUUCCAUAAGCUUCCCCGAGGAGGGUCAGUACGGCUUGGACGUCUACACCAGAGAGUCCACGACCGCGGCGGCCGUGCAGCAUGACGUCACCGGCGAGAAGCAUCUGCUCACGCACUGCUGCAAAUAUCUCAUCAACUCCAGCAAGAGGAAUUGAGGCCGUUCCUCGAGGCUGCUCUCGAGUAGCUUCACCUCCGCCUUGUCUGCCGGAAAUUCCCGUUGGCCGAGCGAACAGUGAUCGUUACAGGGCGCAGAGGUCGGUUUUCCGACGCUCGUUAAAGGACCAAGUCGAGGAAUCGCGUUUCACUCGAGACCAUCGUCGAGACGCCUUUAGCGUCGGGACGUUGAAAUAUUUGUAGAGAGACGGCGAACGUUAUCGGGACGAGAAAGUUUUACGAUUUUGAGAGUCCUGUCCUUACGACGUUCUCGUUCAUCGGGAAAGCGUCUCGGGGAAGCGCGAUCGGUCAUUACUCGCCGACGAUGCGCUGCGUCGUGAAUAGAAAUAUCACGGAAGGAAGGCAGGCAGGAAGAAAGGGAGAAAGGAGAUCGGCCGAAUGUAGCGAGUACCGGCCAAGACAAUGGCGAGAGAGCCGCUUCGCGCGUCAUUACUUAAGGACUACUUUUAGGUCGCGCGGAUUAGACCGGCGCGGCACGCAAUUUCGAGCUGACACGCUACCUCGAGUCUAACAAUAGGCUUACGACCUGGAGAUAACCGCUAAUGUAAAACUAACUGCGCGUUUCCCGUCGCGGGAGACAUCUCCCCUCCUUCCCUCCUCUCUCUCUCUCUCUCGAAGGGUCGUCGCGGACCGUCGCGACGGAUAACGUCGUGCUCUCGUGCGUCUCGAUCACGAGACGAUUUUCGGAGGAACACCUACACGGGAUAUUUCCUCGGGAAUACUCGGGAGAACGAUCGUCGCGUCGCUUGCAUAUCACCUGGCGAGUAUUUUCCACGUAACGAUCCUCCCUCGCGGUCGUGCACCCCUUACGUAAUGUAUCGACUAAAUUAUUGCGAUCCGCGAAGCCACGUCGUAACGAUUUCACCAUGAAGCUUUACUUUCACCGAGAGAGACGUUUAUGUUUAUCGUGGAUAAUAAUACUAGCACGUAGAAUCACAUCUAUUAUAUUGCACAUUCCCACGGUAAGUCGCGCUAUGUUCGUAUCAGGUCACACGUGGUGCGUGCGAGUCGAGAAUAUAAUAUAAAGAGAAGUAUAUAAUAUAUAUAUUUUUAUGUACGAAAGAUGCUUCUGUAUAUAAUGUACGUAUACGAUCAUUACGACCUGAAAAUAGCGUUAUCGACGGAAUGAGCAUGGAGUAUAAUUUACACCUAAGUUCACGGGGACAAUCGACCGAUCUGCUUUCAUCCGUCCGCGAAUUUACUUUACAUACAUAUACUUUAUUUUUCACUUUGCGGCGAGAAUCGCGUGCACAGCGGACCGAAUUGCAAUUCGCGAGUCUUGAUUAUUACUCCAAACUGCAGCGGUCGACUGCGGCUAAUUAAGGAUUAAUUAAACACCGCGGAUCAGCAUGAUGAAUUUAGGUACCUGUCCACUAAAGUCGCGGAAACUUUACGAGUUUCACUUUUAUACCGACUAAUCAAAUCGCAAUGCUAAGAGAAGUUCAUUUUAAAAUAAUAAAUUAGACGUAGUUUAUAUAAAAAAUGCCUAAAAGAAUAUCGAUCGCGGAAAUUGGUACAUUUUCGAGUCGUAAUUGUCGAAAUGCAGGUGCUAUACUUUGUAUUGUUUCAUUACACUUAUUUGCACGAUCGAGUAGUAGUCAUACGAGUAUCUAGUAGCUGAAUAGUAUUCGCGUCAACGGCGAUGCGGGCGCACAAAAAUGUUGUUUGUAACAGUUAAGACGAAUAUUAUAGACUUGUUAAUCUUAUGUAAUAUUAUUCCCUCUCUCUCUUUCGUUAUCAAUUAAAAUUUUAACAACGCUUACAAGAAAAGCUCCCACACGCAUUAUUAUCUCAUAUAAUAAGCAUAACGCGAGCUUACGACGCCUUUUGUUAUCCAUUAACGUUCACAAGUGUAAAUUAAUUUUUCUAUAUUAUAUAUAGCCACUUGAUAAAAAAAAUUGAUAUUCUUGUAUAAAGAUUCAAUAAAUUAAUUUUCACGACAAAUAAUUUC